AGCUUUAUAAUUUUGAUUUUCCUAUUAGAUACCAGCUGCGUAUGCGAGUUACUACCAGUUGACCGACAUACUGGUUCAUUGCACACAUGAUUAAUCGCCUUGCGGGAUGAUAUCACAGUGUGCAGUUACAAAAUGACCGACAUCCUGAUCAAACUUUGAACAUGACAGCUCGAGGACCAGCAUGGCCAUCACAUAUAUAAAACACUCAUAAGAAUGGCCGUUCCCUCUGUGUACCUGUUAUGCUGAUUUGUGCGUUUGUAGUGAACAAAGUACCUUGUCAUCUCAACCCAUCGUUGCCUAGACUCGACACCUCACUGGCUUUUGUCUACCGAGCGAGGCUGAAGGUGAUGCACUAUUAUACUAUUAUCGAAUCACUUAUCUCCCUACAAUUGAACUUUUGAAUAGAAUCUAAAAAUGGCGAUAUCUUAUCUCCCCGAAUUCAUCAUGUCGACGGGUCGACUCCUCGCCGCAAUUCAAGCACUGCGAAAGAGCUCAUCAGCAAACGAAACCUCGGAAUUCUGGACACAAGUCCUGGAUAUAUUCUUCCCAGAAACUGAAGGGUUCGAAAUUUCGACUAUUUACAAGACAUCUGACCAUGCCAUCCUCGUGCUCCGCCGAAUCAAGGAUGCAGAUGGCGACGUAAUUAUUGACGACUGCGAUAUGAAGAAUAUCCUUGUCAUCGACUGCCAGCCGCCACCGAUAUCAACAACAGCGACAGUUGAGUCUGAGGUGUCUGUGAAUUUGAAGGGUACUCCAGAUAAUCAAGGGGCAAAGGUGGAAGGGGAGGCGACCCACGAAGAGCGCUUACCCUCCGACUUCGGGGUGACCGCAAUAGGAACGCAAGCCAUUUUUGUUAGGGACGCGGAACUCUUAGCUAUCUCUGCAGCACAUUCUCAUACCUCCCAAGAUGAGAUCCACCUGCACGGCUCAAAAAUAGGGAGUGCCAAUCUAGCCAAAGCGUCGGGCCGAGAUCAGGUUGAGAAGUGGCUACACGUGCAAAUGUCGAAACGGGGAUUCUGCUUCCGGAAGCGAAUCGAAUUACUUUCAACUGCUCAACGCUAUACAACGAACUUACUUGCGGCACACACAGAAACGAAACAUCUGCACGCUCAAGGUAUGGUACACGCACGAUCUGGAGCAAGAAGCAAAGAGAAUGCUUUCUAA